AUGCGACUCAGUGGAAAGUCAGUAGAGGCGCCGGCUUGGAGCGAAGAGUGGAUGGCGCCCCCCGCGGCCUAGAGGUCCAGCGGCGUCUGAAAGCUAGUUGAUUCGUCCCACUUACCUACGAGCCCCUCAGUGCCUUUCAUCAUGUUGGUACCUCUGGCGAAGCUGUCCAGCCCCGCAUAUCAGUUCUUACACGCCCUAAAAAUACUCAAGAAGGAUUGUCUGCUACAUCCUGGUGCUACAAGAUGGGCUUCUGUUCCUGUGGUGCCACGUAUCACCACGCACUAUACAAUCUAUCCUCGAGAAAAAGACAGUCGAUGGGAAGGGGUGAACAUGGAAAGAUUUGCAGAAGAAGCUGAUGUAGUAAUAGUUGGUGGAGGCCCCGCUGGUCUCUCUGCAGCUAUUCGUCUAAAACAGUUGGCUGCUAAACAUGAAAAAGAAAUUCGAGUAUGUCUAGUGGAAAAGGCUGCUCAGAUAGGAGCACAUACUCUCUCUGGUGCUUGCCUUGAACCAUCUGCUUUUGAAGAACUCUUCCCAGACUGGAAAGAAAAAGGGGCUCCACUUACCACUCCUGUAACAGAAGAUAAGUUUGGAAUUUUAACAGAGAAAUUUAGAAUUCCUGUACCCAUCCUUCCAGGUCUUCCAAUGACUAAUCAUGGAAAUUAUAUUGUGCGUUUAGGCCAUUUGGUUAGUUGGAUGGGACAGCAAGCAGAAGAGCUUGGUGUUGAAGUAUACCCAGGGUAUGCAGCUGCAGAGGUCCUAUAUCAUGAAGAUGGCAGUGUAAAAGGAGUUGCUACUAAUGAUGUAGGCAUACAGAAGGAUGGAGCACCAAAGGAUACAUUUGAAAGAGGAUUAGAGCUACAUGCCAAAGUCACCAUUUUUAGUGAAGGUUGUCAUGGACAUCUUGCCAAGCAACUAUAUAAGAAGUUUGACUUGAGGGCCAACUGUCAACCCCAAACCUAUGGUAUUGGAUUAAAGGAGUUAUGGAUUAUUGACAAAAAGAAUUGGAAACCAGGGCGAGUAGAACACACUGUCGGUUGGCCCUUGGACAGACAUACUUAUGGAGGGUCUUUCCUCUAUCAUUUAAAUGAGAGUGAACCAAUGGUAGCUCUUGGUUUUGUGGUUGGUUUAGAUUAUCAAAAUCCAUACCUAAGCCCUUUUAGAGAGUUCCAAAGGUGGAAACAUCAUCCCAACAUUCAGCCAACCCUGAAGGGUGGGAAAAGAAUUGCCUAUGGAGCCAGAGCUCUCAAUGAAGGUGGCUUUCAGUCUAUACCAAAACUCACCUUCCCUGGUGGAGUGUUAAUCGGUUGUAGCCCCGGUUUCAUGAAUGUUCCUAAGAUCAAAGGUACCCAUACUGCAAUGAAAAGUGGUAUUUUGGCUGCAGAAUCUAUUUUCAGCAAACUAACCAGUGAUAAUCUCCAGUCAGAAACAAUAGGACUUUAUGUGCCUGAAUAUGAGGAUAAUUUGAAGAAAUCAUGGGUGUGGAAGGAACUUUAUGCUGUUCGAAACAUCAGGCCAUCCUGCCAUUCACCUUUGGGUUUGUAUGGAGGGAUGAUUUACACUGGAUUGUUUUACUGGAUAUUCAGGGGAAUGGAACCAUGGACUUUGAAACAUAAAGGUGCUGACUUUGAUCAACUAAAGCCAGCUAAGUUUUGUACACCUAUUGAGUACCCAAAACCUGAUGGAGAGAUCAGUUUUGAUCUCCUCUCCUCAGUGGCUCUUAGUGGUACUAAUCAUGAGGAGAACCAGCCUCCACACUUAACACUAAAGAAUGACAAGUUACCUGUCGAUAGGAAUUUGUUGGUAUAUGGUGGGCCAGAACAACGAUUCUGUCCUGCAGGAGUUUAUGAAUUUAUUCCUUUGGAAAAGAGUGUUGGAUUUCGAUUACAGAUAAAUGCUCAGAACUGUGUCCAUUGCAAAACAUGUGAUAUUAAAGAUCCAAGUCAGAAUAUUAACUGGGUGGUACCAGAAGGUGGCGGAGGACCUGCUUAUAAUGGAAUGUAAUGUUAAUCUCAUUUGAUUUCAUUUAUCGGUGGUUUGCUUGAUGGCUAGUUUUCUAACUUUUAUAGUAAACAUAGCUUUAAGUUAUUUUUAAAAAAAUACUUAUGAAAUUAUCCUGCAGCCUGAUAUUAAUUAGAAGAUUAAGCUUCCUGUGAAGUUAUAAGCAUUAUUCUAUACAACUAAAAUAAUUUUUUAAAACAAAUUAAAAAGAAUCGAGGACAAGGAGAGGAGAGAAAUGGGACAUUAUGAAAGGAGGAAGAGACACAUUAUGAAAUAAAGAAAAACGGAAAGAGCUGUGGUGGGAGUUUUGGUAUGAGACUAAGUGAUGUGUGCAGUUCCUUCCCACUGAGACCUGUUUAAUUCUUCAGACAAGUGCCAUAGGUCAAUUGUACUAUCAUGUAUGAAGUUGACUAGCUUUCAGUGAUUCACACUGAAUGGGUGAAUUUGGGGGGGGGGGGAUUUGAAGCCUGAAAACCAGUAUAUCAUAAGUAUUAUUAUUUUCCCUGAGAUUUCAAUAAGUGAAUCAUUUUUAAGUUAUCCAGUCUGUACAAAAUGAAGAUUACAGGGAAUUUCUCUUCAUUAAAUUCUAGUUUAUCAAAGACAAUACAUGAACAGGUUAUGUAUAGACAGUGACAGUUAGAAAUCCAGAUUGCUACAUUAAUGGCAGAAAGCCCAGUGAAGAAUAUUACAUUAUGAAAAUUAGACCUGCCUCUUUUUUCUUCAUCUACUUUACACAGGAAUGUAAAUCUUGAAUAGUUUCCAUGUAGACUUGACUGAUUAAAAAAAAUUUUAUGUAAACUAUGCAGAAAGCUGUUGUAAAAAUUCAAGAUUUCACACUAUUUUGUAACAGUUUAAGAAUAAUUCUUAUCUACUUCUAGAUCGUAAUAGGGAACUCUACAUUCAGUAUUUGUUGCAGACUUGUAUUAUGGAACAAAUGCAAUAUCCAAGGACACCCUUAAAUAGACUUCAGGCUGCCUUAGUACAAUCAGUGCCACUAUUUAAACAAAAACAAUGUUCUUAAGUAAACAUUUUUUUUUUUUUUGUAUAAGCUGCAUUAUCUUUAUCCUUCUGUGCCUUAAUCUGUUUGGCCUUCUGCAUUUCUGCCUCAAUGGCUGUAAAAUAAACAUCCAUCAUUUGUAACAUCUGUUAAACAUAGACUGUUUUCUGCCUGUAUAAAGGAAGGGAUAAAGAUGUAGUUGAGGUCAGUGAGUGUUUCAUGUGUUUGUCAUUUCAAUCGUUUUCUCAAUAAGUACUGUAAUAACUGAAAUAAGAAAAGAGAAUUGUAUGGGUAAAUUUUUUUAAAGAAUUUUCUUAAAUUGGAAACUAUUCAGAUUGCUUUUUUAAAAACCUAUCUGUGAAUCUUUAGGAAAAAUAUGCAUGAUUUCUUACUACACUCAUCUUUUUGGUGAUAUUCUUCAGUUUUCCCUUUCAGCAUUCUGUAAUAAUAUACAAUUACGCAAACAAUUCUAGGAGCAGACAGAAUAGCACAGUUAAAGGAAUGUCAACUGUAAUGAUAGGCCCAAUAGGUAUCUAUUCCUGGCUUUCCCAUUUACCUCUUGGAUAAGUUAAUUUACCUCUCUGAACCUACUUUCCUAAUCAGCAGAAUGGGCAUAAUCAUACUUCUACUACCUCGCUCCCAGGGUUGUAUUGAGUUUGAUGCUUUAUGUGAAUUGUUAAGAGGGAAAAUAGUUAAGUUACUGCAGUAUUUUGCCAAAUAUUCAUCAGAAAGGUUCCUGAGUGAAAAAGCUGCACCUUUAGAUAUAGAUGUUCCUAGAUUAUGUUUGUGGUCACUUCUCAAGCUGCAUCCCUGUAUCUCUUGAUGAUGUAUGGCCAGUAAUGCCCUUUAUCCACAUUCCAAUAAUUACCCAUAUUUCAUUAUUCACAACAUUCUGUGGCUACUCAAUUGCCAAGUGUGCAUAUUAAGAGUAGGCUAACUGUUGUAACUUCUCUGAACUUCAGCUGCUUUUAUUACCAAUAGAACAUAACACUGUCAUUUUUCUUUUAUUGACAGCCACUACCAGAAGUUACAAGUCUGAUAAAAUAGUCAAUAAACUGUUGAAACUGGUAAAGAUACACCUUACAGAAACCCCUCAAAACGUGUGUGUGUGUGUGUGUGUGUGUGUGUGUGUGUGCGUGUGCAUAUAUGUGCCAGAGGCAAAACUAGGUGGGAAAAAGAUAUGUGCUUAGCCUCUAAUCAGGUACUUGAAAGAGAAAAAAAGGAGUCUUUAAAAAUACAACUCUAUUGGAAAUAAUGAUAAAGUAUGAGAUUAAAGUUCACAAUUUGUUGUUUUGAUUUUAAUAAAAUUAUAAUUAUUUUAA